AUGUUAUCACAGGAAGCUUUAUAUCCUUACUCGGUCCCCGUCGCCCGCGAAACCGUUGGUAGAUCCGGCUCCCUAACCUCCCUCCCCGUCCGCAUCCACCGGCAUAACUCCCUGGCAGAUGCCGGGGCGAAGUGCUUAACCGACGACUGGGAUCGCAUCUUGAGGGAUGACCAGGAUAAAAAGUCCAACGGCUCACUCAGCGCCGUGGGCCACCGGGGCAGUUUCAUCUGGCCUGAAUGCAUCCCUGACCGGCUCGGGCUAUUAUGCUAUUUGCUUGACAUGGGGUGUCUCCAUGACGUGUGGAUUCUCGAUCCGCCAAAACUAAACAUCUUGUUGUCCAACAUCAUCCUCGAGUGUAUAAAGGUGGACCGUGUAGGCGCGUUGCGAAUGCUCGAAGCUUACCGCAAAAGGUGGUUAGCAAUCACAGAGACGUACGAGACGACGGAUAAAAUUGACAACUUGGAUGAGUAUCUCGAAUCACGGGCUAACAAUAGCGUUAUGGGUGCGUAUUAUGCUAUGCUCGAGUUCUCUUUGGGGAUUUUCAUCACGCAAGAAGAGUACAGUUUAAUGGCUGCACCGAUCAAGCAGGUAGGACGCUGCAUGCUCCUCACAAACGACCAUUGGAGCUGGUCCUGCGACCGCCAACAGGUCAAAACUCAAAAAGCAACCAAGGUCUUGAACACCGUCUCAUUCCUUAUAAAGCAAAACCCAACUUACACCGAAGAGCAGGCCAAGCAUGAAAUAGCCGACAUGGUCGUUGCCGAAGAAGCCAAAUGGGUCCAAUCCAAAAACCGCCUUUAUGCCGAGAAUCCAGACCUUGGCGAUGAUGUGGUCAAGUUUCUCGAAAACCUUCACACGGCUCUGGCUGGUAAUGACUACUGGAGCUCGCAAUGCUACCGGCACAACGACUGGACUCACGUCCCGACGCAGCCAGUGCCAUGCCACCUGCACGUUUACGAGUUGGUGGGAUUGGGCCGCGCGGUAAUGGCACAAGAGUCGAGGAUCCUCGCCGGGGCAUCGUCACCAUCCCAGGAUAGAAGGAAGUCCACAUCCUCCCAAGAAGAUUUGAGUUCGCCGCCGUCAUCUGUCUCGUACACUUGCGACAAUACAGACGGCGACUUCCUCAACCAUAAAGUCACAAAAGCCAUCACCACCACCACCAUCACCAAAGCCGAGGAGGUAAUUUCAGCCCCGAUCCGGUACAUCCAAUCCUUACCGUCCAAGGGUUUCCGUGCCGCCUUGGUCGACUGCUAUGGCAGGUGGUUGGACGUGCCGCAACGUGAAAUGAACAUCAUCAAAACCGUAAUCAACAGCCUACACGACUCUUCCCUUCUCUUGGAUGACAUUGAAGACGACUCCAAGCUGCGUCGAGGAUUCCCCGCCACGCAUCUCAUCUACGGCUCCGCGGCGACCAUCAACAGCGCCACAUAUUUAUACGUACAGGCCGUACAGGCCGUGCAUGAUCUGGGCUGUAAAAGGACAAUGGAUGUGUUACUGCGCCGUUUGCAACAGCUCUUCCUCGGUCAAUCCCUGGACCUGCACUGGACUUUUAACCGCACAUGUCCCACCAAAGCCGAAUACUUUGGCAUGAUCGAGAAGAAGACGGGAGCCUUCCUAUCACUGGUUGCGGAGCUCAUGAUGGCCGCUUCUGUUUCUGCUUCUGCUUCUGCUCCCAGAGAUUGCGGCAGCUCCACCGAGGGCCCCGAGAAUGUAUUUGAAGCAUUUUCGUACCAGUCCGGACUGUACUUUCAAGUCCGCGAUGAUUACCUCAACAUCACGUCGGCUGACUACGCAGAUAAAAAAGGCUUUGCCGAAGAUUUAGACGAGCAAAAGUUCUCCUAUCUGCUCGUGCACCUCGCGCACGCCCGUCCCGACUUGAUGGUUCAGGUCGAGGGCCUCUUCAAAUCGAUGCGGAGCGGGAGGGUGGAAAACGCCGAGACCAAAAAGUACCUGGUUUCUCUAUUGUACAAAAGCGGUGCGGUGGAGGCGACGAGGGAAUUGCUGGUCCGGUGGCAAGAUGAUAUUGUCAAGGAGAUUGACAUCUUGGAGAAGCACUUUGGGACGCCGAAUCCGUCGCUGAGGUUGUUGAUGGAGACUUUGUGGAUUUGA